GCUUCCGCUCAAUUAAUUAGCUAGUGUCAAAUCAUACAUUCUCGUAUUUUGAUAAGGCACUUUUUCAUUCGAUCAAGAUGGCAGUGAAACCAAAAGUUGUUUUUGUGUUGGGAGCACCAGGUGCUGGUAAAGGAACCCAAUGUAAAAGAAUUGUCGAGACUUUUGGAUAUAUUCAUCUUUCUGCUGGUGAUCUUCUAAGAGCUGAGAGGAAUACCCCUGGAUCCCAAUAUGGAGAACUUAUUGAAAACCACAUUCGAAAUGGAACCAUUGUACCUGUCGAAAUUACUUGCCGUCUGAUUGAGGAGGCUAUGAAAACAAGUGCAAGUGACAAAUUUUUAAUUGAUGGAUUUCCUCGUAACAAAGAUAAUUUGGAUGGCUGGAACAAAGAAAUGGCUGAUAAAGCUAAUGUUCAGUUUAUCUUGUUUAUUGACUGCUCUGAAGAAGCUUGUAUCGAAAGAUGUUUAAAAAGGGGAGCUGAGGGAAGUGGACGUUCUGAUGAUAACAUUGAAAGCUUAAAGAAAAGGUAUGUUAUAUUUCUUGAUUCAGAUAGUUUCUCUUUCCAACAUAAAUUUAAUU